AUGUCGCAACAAAACACUAUUCUUGUCACCGCUGCCAAUGGUAACGUUGGAAGCAGUCUUUCUAGGCAACUCCUGGACCAAGGCUUCAACGUCAAUGCACUGGUGAGAAACACUGAAUCCAAGAUUGCUCGUGAUCUUGAGAAACGCGGAGCCAAGAUCUUCAAGGGAGACUUCGACGACUUCUCGUCGCUGCAAAAGGCAUCUGAAGGCAUCUGGGGAGUGUUCAUCAACUCCAACCCCAUACCUGGUACAUUGGAUGAACUCAGACAUAAUACCAGCAUCAUUAAGGCUGCCAAAGAAGCUGGAGCCAAGUUUGGAGUUUACAUGAGUGUGAUGAUGGCCGAGCGCAAAGACGAAUUUCCAGGCCUGAGUCCUCAGCAUGAAAGCUACAAGUAUUGGGAAUCCAAGCACGGUACCGAGAAGGCACUUCAAGAAGCUGGAUUUGAGCAUUGGACCAUUCUUAGACCGGGUAUGUUUAUCAGCAAUUUCUUUGGCCCUAUUGCCAGUUUCCUGUGGCCCACUCUCCAAAAGCAACAUGUUAUUUUGUCGCCUUUGGCUCCUACUGUCACUCAGCCACUCAUCGACACAGACGAUGUCGCCAAGUAUGCUGCUGCAGCUUUUGCCGAUCCUAAUACCUUCCACGGCCUCGCUAUUGAUGUGGCUUCUGAAGAAGUUACCCUGGAGAACUUUGCAAAGCUCAUCACUGACAUUGUUGGCGUUGAAGUCACAGUCGAGCAUAUUUCCAUCGAAGAGGCUGCCAGACGUGGUGUUACUAGUCGUAUUGCUGGUUGGCACAGUUGGAUCAGAGCACUGAAUUACCGUAUUGACUAUGAGCGCUUGCAGAAGUUCCCAAUCAAGAGUGCCACUGUUGCAGAAUACUUGAAGAAGAACAAAGCCUCGGUUGCUGAAUUUUUAUCCGCCUAA